GUGUAAUUGUAUUCUUGUGCCUUAUUAGUCACAUUCGAUCUCCGCAGACCCAAUCGCUUGCAGUGACUUGCCCUCUCGUCCCCGCUGAUUCCCUCCUCCAGCCUGAAAAUCCAACCUGGAUGCCUUGAGAAGUCCUACAAUAUUGGGACUUUCGAAUCUGACUUGGUUAAACGUUGUUUGCACGCAAAUGACAUACAAAGUUCAAUCAUACUAUAAUGCGGCACUCGAUCCUCUCGGAGCUCGGCCGGCGCAACCGGCACAAUCUCGGCACGCUCCGGCGGGCCCCCGCCGCCGAGAUCUCGGGCGCGCUCGGCGACCUGGGCACGCUGCUUCCGCUGAUGAUCGCGCUCGCGCUGCAGGGCUCGAUCGACCUGCCGUCGACGCUGGUGUUUUCGGGGCUGUUUAAUGUUGUCACGGGGGUUGUGUUUGGCAUUCCGCUGCCAGUGCAGCCGAUGAAGGCCAUCGCCGCCUCGGCCCUCUCCACGCCCCUCUCCCUGCGCGAGACGACCGCCUCGGGCGCGCUAGUGUCUCUCGCCGUGCUCCUGCUCAGCGCGACCGGCCUACUUCGGCUGCUGACACGGCUCAUCCCCGUGCCGGUCAUCAAGGGCAUCCAGCUGGGCGCGGGCCUUCGCCUGGUCGUCGCGGGCGCCACCCUCAUCCUCCCACUCCCCUGGCUCCAAAACACUAACAGUAACAAUCAUAACCCGCUCGAAACCCGCCUCGCCGCCCUCCUUUUCUUCCUCGCCCUCCUCCUCACCCAACGCUUCCCUCGCUUCCCCUACGCCCUGCUGAUCUUCCUCCUCGGCAUCCUCUCUACUACUACUACCAGUAGUAGUAGUACCGUCUCGUCGCUCUCGGCCGACCUGCUGCUGCCGUCGUCUUUACUACCUGCCCCGGGUGUGACGGCCCUCGGCCUGUCGGUCGCCGCCAUGAACCUGUGCGGGUGCUGGUUCGGCGCCAUGCCCGUGUGCCACGGCGCGGGCGGGCUGGCGGCGCAGCACCGCUUUGGCGCGCGCAGCGGGGCUAGUGUGGUGUUGUUGGGGGUGGGGAAGAUGGGGUUGGGUUUGUUUUUUUCUGGUGGUAGUGAUUCUGAUUCUGACUCUGGUGGGAAUGGUGGUGUGGUGGUGGAGUUUCUGCGGCGAUUCCCCGCGGCUGUGUUGGGGGUCAUGGUUAUCGCGGCUGGGCUGGAACUGGGGAAGGUCGGGGCUGGGUUGAAUAAUGCCGGCGCGGCGGAUUUGUUGUGGGAGGAUAGUGUUCGGGAAGAAGAAGAGAAGAAGAAGAAGAAGAAGGCGGGGCUGGUGGUGGUGGAGCGGUGGAUGGUCAUGAUGAUUACUGCGGCGGGGACGCUGGCGUUCAAGAGUGAUGCCGUUGGCUUCGUGGCCGGGUGCUGCUGCCAUGGCGCGUAUCGCGUGGCCGAUCGAGUCGAGAGGAGGUGGGCCGAGGCGGAGAGCGAGCGCAGGCCGUUGUUGUGGUCGUAAAAUAAAUAGGUAUAGUAGUUUUCCAAUUCCAUCCGGGAUAAGAAGAAGCUGAUGCCUAUAGUACCACUUCGAACUGUGUGAAGGAUAAUAUCACGGUAUACUAUAAUAUGCUGGUGAUCACCGCCCUCUCCUUGGCCUCUCCGUCUUCUACCACCCCUUUACACAAACUUCCGAGAGGCAUCAACACGCCGCGUUUUGCGCCGUCUCCCAAACCGGGCAAAGAACCCUCCUCCUCCCAUCUUCGUCCCCUUCUUCUUCUUCUCCUUCAGCCCCCACUUCUUCCGUUCCUUCCGUUCCCUCUUCUCCCUCUUCUUUCUUUCCUUCUCCUCCAUCUUCUCCCUCUUCCUCCUCUCCUUCUCCUCCCUCUUACCCAUCUUACCACCCACCCCACCACCACCCCAUUUCUUCUUCUUCUUCUUCUUCUCC